ACCCCCGGGCUGACGGCUCUCCUAUAAAACAUGGGAGGAGGGCGAUGCAAGAUCACACACACUCACGUCAAACCUGAUCGUAGCGUGCAAGCAUUCCACGUGUGAAGAUAUAAGCAGAGACCAUCAUGACGAAGUUCCACACUGCACUGUUCGUGAUGGCUGUUGUUGGCGCGGUAAUGCGUGAGGGAGAUACAGCCUUUACACCGACGCUGCUGGAUAAGGUUAUCACGUGUCGUGGAGACGCCACUGACGUCACAUUGUUCUUCGAAUCUGGCUUCAAUGGUGAGGCGUUCGCCGACGGCUACCACUCCGACGCUAGGUGUCGCGCGAGAGACGAUGGAGCGUCGUCGCUAACGCUGUCGAUCGACUACAACGAGUGCGGCGUCUUCCAAAACACUGCCGAUCAGACGUACAUGGUGUUCGUGACGAUCGCACAACGUCAGAAUCUCAUCGAGGCCGAUGACAUAACGUAUCUUAUCACCUGCGACUACGACAUCGACAUGGCGGUGACAAUCAGCGCCAGUGACGUAGAGUAUAGUGCACAACACGCCUCCGCCGGCCGCAGAUUCGCCUCACGGUGUGGGAAGGCAGCGACAAUGACGGCAAGACGACACAGCAACUUCGUCGACAUCGGCGCACCUCUGCUACUCGUUGCUAGCCUGGAAGAUGCGAGUAUCUAUCAGAACAUCCUUCUCUACGAUUGUCGCGCCUUCAGCGCAGCCGACGAGAGCUUCCAGGUGGAACUAGUCGAUAGCGCCGAGUGCGUCAACGCUGGUCUAGUCGAUGACAUCAUACAGACGGAAGCCGUACAGAAGAACAUCGGUGGAGACAGUCCGGUCGAGAAGUGGAUCGCCUUCCGCGCAUUCAAGUUCCCCGAUGCCAACAUCGUGCGCUUCCGUUGCCAGGCGUUCGCUUGUUUCUUGGCCUCCGACUGCGACGACACGGUAAGUCAUCCGGCCUCGAUGCACGAUAUAUUUUAA